AUGAUGGCAAGAACUAAACAACCACCUGUAAGCUUGCUUAUGCCUCUCGAUAGUUGUUUUGAAGUGCGCAUUUUGUGCAUAGAUUAUAAUAAUGGUUUUAUUCUGAUAAGGCCUUUAACAGUGGAUGAUAAAUAUGUCAAAUUACGUCAAAAAUUACAGCAGCAGUCGAAAAUGGAACAUUGCCGAGCAAAUUAUAUUGAAGAAGAUGGAAUAUAUCUUGUUCCAAAUGAUCAUGGUUUAAUGUUUCGUGGUGUACUUGUUGGUCAGCCCUCGGAGAAUAAUCUAUUUUAUGGAAUAGAUGAUGGUGAAAGAAAAGUGGUAAAAGCAGAAGACACAUUCCAGCUGCCAGACGAAUUACAGUCAUUUCCUCCUUCUUCCUUCUGUGGUAUCUUACCUUGGUACACCAGCAGUUCUCAAUACGAAGAACUUUCCUCAGUCAAUACAAACAUUAUUUGUUUGUGCAAGAUUAACAAAGUCCUCCCGGGACAUUUUAUGGACUAUCCAACUGCAAUGUAUCCUCCAGUUUUAUUCAUCCAGCUGUAUAGACUGACAGCAGAUAAUUACUAUAUAGAAAUUAUUUCUAAACAAAAGCCCAACUCAAUUAUACACUGUGCAGAAUAUCUUUGGCCACGAAUUGCUGUUUUUAAUUCAAGCUGGAUGGGGAAAAUUGAUCAACACAUAAUGAGCAAUUUUCGAAGAAUAUCACUAUCAGAUCAUGAAAUUGUCCAAACAAGAAUUGCAAGCGACAAUUUUUUAUUCAAACCGUAUAAUAUCAGCUUACCAUGUCAAGUUAAGGCUAUCAUAACAAGAAGAGUCAGAAAAAAUAUUUAUUGGAUGCGGGAUGCAAAUAUUUUAAAAAUUUUGUAUGAGAACUUGAUUGAUCCAUAUGAACACGCAAAAUACAGUAUAGUUGAUAUAAUAAAAUAUGGCGUAGAAUUCUCUUGUUUGGUGCGACUAACGAGACCUUUCCGAGACAGUAGUCUCUUUGAUCGAUACUAUGUUUACAGGUUCAUGAUACGAAAUCGUCUUAAUAUAAGAAAAAUGUGAUG